AUGUCUGUUACUGAUAAAAAGCCUCUUACGAACGAAAAUGCAUUUGAAAUCUCGCCUAAUCAAUUGAGAAGGACCUCAUCUGAUAUUUCUAUUAUAAACAAUGUUCAAGCGGAUAUUACAAGCUCGUUAGUUUCUCAAUUAGCUCAAGGUUAUGACUUUAAAAUCAAUUUGCCACCCACGGAUAGGCUGGUUCGAAUUUACUGUGAUGGCAUCUACGAUUUAUUUCAUUUUGGGCAUGCAAAAGCUUUAGAACAAGCUAAAAAGGCUUUUCCCAAUGUCUAUCUGUUAGUAGGUGUCUGCAACGAUGAGGAGACACAUAAACGAAAAGGUAGAACUGUUAUGACGGAUAAAGAAAGAUACGAAGCAGUUCGUCACUGUAAAUGGGUAGAUGAAGUCAUUGAAGAUGCACCAUGGACUGUAACACAGGAGUUCUUAGACCAACAUCAAAUUGAUUAUGUUGCACAUGAUGCCGAGCCAUAUCAAUCUAUUGAGUCGGGGGAUGUCUACGCUUUUGUGAAAUCACAAGGUAAAUUCUUACCAACUCAACGUACAGACGGUGUCUCCACAUCUGAUUUGAUUACACGUAUUGUACGUGACUACGAUGCUUAUUUAAGACGAAACUUGAAACGCGGUGUUUCUGCAAGAGAUUUGAAUAUUUCGUUUCUGAAGGAACAGCAAAUCAAGACGAAAGAAAAGCUGAAGGAGGUAACUACAGCUGUUAUCGAUCAGCUAGAUCUUUGGGAAUGCCAGAGCCAUCAAAUGAUCUCUGGUUUCGCUAGUUUGUUUGGUGCUGAACAAAUAGUGGGUUCCUUUUUAGCAAAGAGAAAAUUGAUUCACAGUGGUACAACAACGCCAACGUCCUCUGGAGCACGUACACCGCUGAAAAGAGCCUCAUCCGAACAACCUCGCGUUUCCAUGUCAUCUUUAUUAUCGGAUUAUUCGUCAUCUUCAGCAGCAUCUACUCCACAACCCGCAUCGCCAUUAACAUCACCAACUUCCAUUGAUAACUCUAAAGCGUCUAUCAUUGCCUCCAUCACAGAUACCACUAGCUCUAUCCCUUCAUCUACCAACACGGCCAUCAAAUCUGCAUAG